AUGGCGUUCAGUGAGGCUCCGUGUGACAGCAGUAAGGCUAAACUAGAUCUUCAUCUCUUCACACCGCACCGAGGAGACACACUGUGAGAUAACUGCAAAGUUUCAGCUACAAGGAAAGAAAAUGGCCGAGAAGAGAAAGACGAGGAGGGGAUCCUGCUCUUCUGAACAGCCAAUCAGCUCGAGUGGUGACACGAUCAGUUCACAGAUGAGUGAAGCCUCGGGUCCCAGCCUUGUCUCCAUAAAGGAUGAUGGAUCAAUGUUCCAGCCGCCCACGUUUGGUGUUGAAAAGACACAAAGUUCACAGAUGAGUGAAGCCUCGGGUCCCAGCCUUGUCUCCAUAAAGGAUGAUGGAUCAAUGUUCCAGCCGCCCACGUUUGGUGUUGAAAAGACACAAAGUUCACAGAUGAGUGAAGCCUCGGGUCCCAGCCUUGUCUCUAUAAAGGAUGAUGGAUCAAUGUUCCAGCCGCCCACGUUUGGUGUUGAAAAGACACAAAGCCCGCUGAUUGUGGAACCGUCUAGAAAGAAACUCCGAAAAGAUCCUGAAUGCCAGAGAGAUACAGAGGAAGACACUGAGGGCAGCCAUUUUUUGAAAGCAAAGAAGAAUCUUAAAAAAGCAAUGCAGAGGGAAUAUACCCUCACAUUUGAAGGUAACGGUGACCAAGAGAACCGUUUGGACAGCAUCUACACAACACUCUUCAUCACCACGGCAGAGAGUGAAGGGCCACAUGAGGAACAGUCGUUCAGACAAACCAAACAACCACAAUCUUCUGAACAAUCAGUCAAGCUCAGUGAAAUCUUGAAUCCUUUGCCAGGCCAGGAGACACCAAACAGAACCGUCCUGACGAAGGGCGUUGCAGGAAUUGGAAAGUCAUUUUCUGUGCAGAAAUUCAUUCUUGAUUGGGCCGAGGAGAGAGAAAACCAGGAAGUUGAUUUUGUUUUCAAUAUCGCCUUCCGAGAGCUGAAUUUGAGUCCCGAUAACAAAAGCUUGCACGAGCUCCUGACUGAAUUUCACCCUGCGAUCCAGGAUCUGAAAGAAUCAGAAGAUUUAGUCAAAGCCAAGGUUAUAGUGAUCCUGGACGGUCUGGAUGAAAGCAGACUUCAGCUGGACUUCAAGAACAGGCCGGUGACAUCUGUCAGUGAAGUAACAUCUGUGGGUAACCUCAUAGUAAACCUCAUCCAGAGGAACCUUCUUCCUAAUGCCAACCUCUGGAUAACGACCCGUCCAGCAGCAGCCAGUCAGAUCCCUUCAAAGUUUGUUGACAUGGUGACGGAGAUAAGAGGGUUCAGUGACCCACAAAAAGAAGAAUACUUCAAGACGAGGUUCCGUCAGGACUUGGGUCUCGCUGACAGGAUCAUUUCGCACAUUCGCUCAUCUCAGAGUCUUGACAUCAUGUGCCAGAUCCCGAUCUUCUGCUGGAUUGCUGCCAUAUUAUAUGAGGAGAUCUUUGGGGUAGAAGAGAAAGCUGAAACUCCUCAAACUCUAACAGAGAUGAUGGCGCAUUUCCUGUUUGCCCAGACAAAACGCAGAAGAAGAAAAUAUAAACAGAAGACAGAGAAAAACAAAGAGAAACUUCUGAAGACACACAAGGAAUUCCUUCUGAAACUCGGUAAGCUUGCAUUUGUUCAGCUGCAGAAGAACAACCUCAUCUUCUAUGAAGAAGACCUGGAAGAAUGUGGCAUUGACAUACAAGAAGCAACCGUGUACUCUGGAUUUUGCAACACCGUUUUUAGGGAAGAACAAGUCUUUCACAAGAAGAAGGUCUUCUUCUUUGUGCACCUGACCAUACAGGAGUUCUUUGCAGCUCUUUUUGUCUUUGAAUGUUUCACAAACAGGAACACAAAAGAGCUCGGCAACUUCCUCGAAGCGGAUGACAAAGAACAUACUUUACUUGAUCUUCUGAAGAUGACAGUUGACAAAGUGUUGGAGAACGGCCACCUGGACUUCUUCUUGCGAUUCCUCCUUGGCCUCAUGGUUGAACCAAACUGGAGAGUCCUUCAGGGUCUGCUGACACCGCCGGACCCAAGCCAAGAUACCGAAAAGAAAAUCUUGACUCACCUCAAAGCCAUCCGACGAAAGGCCCUGUCUCCAGACAGCUGCAUCAACCUCUUCCAGAAUAUGGUCGAGAUGAGAGACCACAAAGUCAAAGAUGAGAUACAAGAAUAUCUCAAGUUGUCAGAUCGUUCAAAAACAGAGCUGACUCCCCUGCACUGCUCUGCGCUGGCCUACAUGCUGCAGGUAUCAAAGAACGAUCUGGAUGUGUUGGACUUGAAGAGUUACAACACAACGGAUGAAGGCAGAAGGAGGCUGAUACCAGCUGUGAGGAGAAGCAGAAAGGCCAUACUAGCAGACUGCAAAGUGAAUGAAGAGUGGAUUAAGCAUCUGGCCUUUGGUCUUAAGUUCCCCUACUUACCUCUGAGAGAACUGGAUCUGAGCAACAACGACCUGAAAGAUUCAGGAGUAAAGCUGCUCUGUGAUGGACUGUCCAGUCAACACUGCAGACUUGAAACGCUGAGGCUGUCAGGUUGUCAGAUCACAGAGGUUGGCUGUGCUUCUCUGGCCUCGACUCUACGUUCAAAGACCUCCCAGCUGAUGGAGCUGGACCUGAGCUACAAUCACCCAGGAGUCUCAGGAGAGAAGCUGCUCUCUGAGCUGAGGAACGAUCCACAGUCCAAGCUCAGCACUCUCCAUCUUGAUCAUGGCGGAAGUCACCGGAUGCAACCGGGCUUCAAGAAAUAUGCCUGUGAGCUCACUUUGGACCCCAACACAGCCCACAGGAACCUCCUUCUCUCUGAAGGGAACAGAAAGGUGACCUGGGUGGAAGACCAGCAGCGAUACCCCGAUCAUCCAGAAAGGUUUGAUCGCUGCCAACAGGUGCUGUGUGAACAGGGUCUAGAGGAGCGAUGCUACUUGGAGGUCGAGGUGAUGGAGCCCUUCGAGAUUGGGUUAACGUACAGAACCAUUGGCAGGGAAGGGGAUGGGAAUGAUUGCAAGCUGGGACGCAACGACAAGUCUUGGAGCAUGACUUGCUCAGAUAAUGGUUGUUUUGUCCUGCGCAACGACAAAAGUAUCAGUAUAUCGUCCCUGUGCUCGCGAUCCAGUCGGGUGGGGGUGUAUCUGGACUCGCCGGCUGGCACUCUGUCCUUCUACAGAGUUUCCUCCGACAAGCAGAUCCGCCUCCAUACCUUCAAAGCGGAGUUCAAAGAGCCCCUCUAUCCUGCUGUUGGGCUUCGCACUCAUUCCUCUGCAGCAUUUUGUCAGCUAACGUAGACCAUUCAGCAACCGAAGGUGUAGAUUUGCAAGUAGAUGGCUGGGACCAACACACAUGCUUGCUAUAAGAUGUGUCCGUCCAACAGGUAACUUAUGGUUAGACUGAUUUAGCUGGUUGAAUAGGCACCAAAGGUAGUCAGUGAGAGAGCUGUCAGUGAUCAGUGAUCUUGUUUCUCCAUGUCUUUUCCUUUACCUUUUCGUUUGCCUUGUGCGACGGGCCGACAACAACCGUAACGUGAAACAAAACAGUCAGUCAUCAGACAUGAUUCCAUUUGUAUAUAAAGGAAAUGCUAACAUGGAAAGAACCACAUAGCUUAGCCAACAACGAGCUUGUGUAACAAAAGCUAACAUUCCUGUGAGACCACAAAAUUAAGAAAACGUCCACCACUUUGACAGCAUAUGUGCAGAAUUUUAAUAACUGUCAACAAAGUGAGAAAAUACGACCAAAUACAGAAACGCCCCACAACACGAGAGCACAUUCACUGAGAAAUAUUGUCAACUAUCACCUGGAGAGAAAGGUUAAGAUCAGAUAAGUCGCUAAGUUGGCAUCAAUGCAUGUGCUAUGUGCCUCCUGGCUGCAUUGAAAUUAAUGGGGCGCCAUCUUGAAACAUGGCAUGCGAAAUUAGUGCAAGUUUAAAUAUUUCAACAGGGGCAACACAUUCAGUGAAGCUUUGUCGUGGAGAAUAAAAUAUUGAACCUCAUAUUUGAACAGAGACCAGACGAAAGCUGUGUAUAAAUGUGUGUGUUUUAACCAUAGACGUCUAUGGUAAAGAAACAGUAACAGUAGGUUAUUUGAGUGUCGUUGGAACAGCUACAAUGUUGGUAAAGCCUAGCCCUGAUUAAUAAGAAGUCCAUCUAGAAAACAAGCAUUUUAAAAGUGUUUUGCUUGUUGUCUUGCUGACAGACUUGACGAAGCAAGAAUUCAGACUUUAAACAAAUCAACAAUACGAUGUUGUUAUUUCGGCAUCCUUUUUAUCCAUUUAUUAUGAUUAAAUCACAUAAAAGUAUGUUUAUUUUUGUAGAGAAACAGCCAAUAUGUGGCUUGCUAGAUAUACUUCAUUAAAAUUCACAGAGCGCCUCCAGAUGAUGGUAUGAACCCAUCAUCAAUGCGAGGCAAAACAUUUGCUUUGUUUUUGGUGACUUUCCUGAUGUGACUGAAUACGUGGGUGAAUAUGUGGGUGGGCUGUUUUUUAAAAGCUACUUCUUUUACUUGUAAAUAUCCUUUGCAACCCUAUUAUUUCUCAUGAAAAGUCAAAAACUCACUGAUGUAUUUCCACAGUCAGAAGCUCCUGGUAUCUGCUUUACUUUUUAGAUUUGACCAAAUUACUUUUAAAUGUCAAUGCGGUGUUGUAAAUGACUUAUAUGUUUUUAUUGCUGUUAUUGUGUAACUGCCUAGUUAAGCAGAUCAGGAUGAAGAUGAGGGGCUCUUUUUUAUUUUUAUGUAAAUAGGUAUGGAGUUAUAUUUUAAUGGUUUCAGCUUAGUCGGCAGCUGUAUUAAGUUCUGCAGGUUUCCUCGCUCUUAACGCUAUCAACUCUCAGUAACGUUACAUAAUAGGAGACUGUUUUUUGUUUCUGGUUAUUGUUUUUUAAUCUUUUGAGGAUUUGUCACAUUUACAUACAUCUGUACAGUAAAAGAAGAGCUGAUUUUAGUUUAAUCUCCUUUUAAUCUAGUUUAUCUUUAUACUUUAUACUCAGAAUAUAGUCGUAAAAACUGCAAUAAAAACUCUUAGUUUUGCAUUUCAAUAUUAGCUUUGACUUGUAUUUAUAUAAAUGGUGUGUCCGUAAUUCUUCCGGUUUGUGGUGUUUGAAAAGGUCGUUAUAACAUUUGAGGAGAAUUGUAUUAGAGUUUUAGCUGUUUUAUGUAUUUAUCUGCAUCGCCUUUUAACAUUUCAUACAAUUCAUCAGUUCAGUAAUGUAAAGCACCUUGUCAAAUACGAUGACUGAAUAUUUUGUGGCAGAGAAAUCAAGUAAAAUACCUUCUAGAGUUAAGAUUUUUUUAAAUUAUAAUUACACAUAUUCAUAUACAGUAUAUUCAUAUUUGAGUGUUUUCUUCAUAUUUCUAUCGGCUGUCAAAUUAAUUCCCCAUAAAUAAUCUUAAAAUAAAACAUACUGGUAUCAUGUUAAGCACCUUCUAAAAUAAGAAUCAGAUUUCAGCAGUUGACUUUAUUGUAUUAUAUUUGUGUCCUUUAUUCUGCAUGUGUGUGCUGUUUGUGAAAAAGUGAUCUAACAUUUCAUCCUCUUUAAUUGUUUUAUUGUGUUUAUCUGCAUUAACUUUUAGCAUUUGAAGUGUAGACUGUAUCGAUGGUUUUAACCAAUUUUUUUAUCAAGUUGCACCUCAUCAAAUAUUAUGAUGAAAUAUUUUGUGGCUUAGAAAUCUAUUUUAAUACUUUCUAGUUCAGCUUUUAUGUGUCAUUUGACAAGUGCAAAUGUCAAAUAUUCAUGUUCAUGUUUGGGUUUCCACGUUUUAUGUGAAGAGUUAAUUUACAAAAACAGAAAAAAAUAUUUUUUUAAUCAAAGCACUAGUUAGAAAUAAACAUAAAAAUGUAAAAGUAAAAAUUCAGAUGCCUGUUUUUGUAACUGAACUCUUCAUAUAUUUUACUUUUUAUGCUAUAUGUUUUUGAUGCUUCUCAGUGUUUUAAUGUAACCAAAAUAUAAAUCAUAUAAAUCAAUAAAAAAUCAAGAUAU